CGCGUCCCGCCCGCAGCAUCCCGGGGCCGGGCAGGAGCUGCCAGCACGUGGAUGCAGAGACCUGCCUGCCAUCUGCCUGUCCCUGUGUCCCAGCACCCUGCAAGCCUCCUGAGGGCCAGGCAGAGGGGGAGAGCUGGGGCUGUGCCCUCCCUUCAGCCCCUGCCUGUUUCCAGAGCCAUCCCAGACCAUCCAGCAGCUGAAGCCUCCAGUGAGGACCCUCAUCCCUGCAGCUGAUCUGCCAGAACUGCUCUUCCCACCUCCAGCCCCAUCACAGGUUCUCCUCCUGCCAAAGCAUCCCUUCAGCUGGGUUAGCAGAGGGCAGAGUUUGGAGGCUCUGUGCUGGGCGCUCCUCCCAUCCCACCCCACGGUGCUGCCGAUGCUGUUGGCCAUGAGCGCCUGCAGCAGGAAGGCGCUGACCCUGCUCAGCUCAGUGUUCGCCGUCUGUGGCCUCGGCCUCCUGGGCAUCUCUGUCAGCACCGACUACUGGCUCUACCUGGAGGAGGGCAUCGUCCAGCCCCAGAACCAAACGGCUGAGAUCAAGCUCUCUCUGCACUCGGGACUCUGGAGGGUCUGCUUUCUGGCAGGUGAGGAGCGUGGCCGGUGCUUCACCAUCGAAUACGUCAUGCCCAUGAACAUCCAGCUGACCUCUGAAUCCACAAUCAACGUCCUGAAGAUGAUCCGCUCUGCCACCCCCUUCCCUCUAGUCAGCCUUUUCUUCAUGUUCAUCGGCUUCAUCCUGAGCAACAUCGGCCACAUCCGGCCCCACAGGACCAUCCUCGCCUUCGUCUCGGGGAUCUUCUUCAUCCUCUCAGGUCUGUCUCUGGUGGUGGGGCUGGUCCUCUACAUAUCCAGCAUUAACGACGAGAUGCUCAACAGGACCAAGGACUCGGAGUCGUUCUUCAAUUACAAAUAUGGCUGGUCCUUUGCCUUCUCUGCCAUCUCCUUCCUUCUCACAGAGAGCGCCGGGGUGAUGUCCGUGUACCUGUUCAUGAAGCGCUACACGGCCGAGGACCUCUACAGACCCCACCCCAGCUUCUACCGGCCCCGCCUGAGCAACUGCUCCGACUACUCGGGGCAGUUCCUGCACCCCGACGCGUGGGCGCGGGGCCGCAGCCCCUCGGACAUCUCCAGCGAGGCGUCCCUGCAGAUGAACAGCAGCUACCCAGCCCUGCUCAAGUGCCCUGACUACGACCAAAUGUCCUCGUCCCCGUGCUGAGCCCCCCGGCCCCACAGCCCCUUCGCCCCGACUCCGUUUGUCGUUUUUUUAGGCCGCUCUUUUCUGGCCAAUUCUCUAUUUAUAGGAGCGUAAAUAUAACCAGAGAGAUUGGUUAUGUAACCAGUAGUGUAACCUAGAGAAUUGGGAUGUUUCCCUUUCUUUGGUUUUUUUUUGGGGUUGUUUUAUUCCUCUCCGCAUAACUAAGAAUCUCUCCAAAGCCCUCCUCUCUCAGCUCAUCCCGCUGAGCAAACAGCAGUUCUGCCUGGGGGAUAAAUCCAGGGCUGGACUCAAGAGCAGGAAAAAGAAAAUAGAGUAGAACUAAGGGAAAAAAAGGUGUAUUUUUUGGUGUAGGUAGGUAGGCUGAUAAAGUUUGUGCAUUCGACUGUAUCAUUGAAUUCUAAAUUUACUGGCCUGAAUGCCAGCAGGCAUAAAAUAUUUGUGUAACAUUCCAAAAAACCAGCAUUAGAAAAAUAUAAAUUUUGUCUUGACUGAACACUUACUGGUUGGUAUCUCUCACUGCUGGAUAUCACUUCCAGCCAGGCUGGAAUGGGAAAUAGCCAUCCUUCCAUGACAUCCUUCCAUGGACACCAGCAGCUGGUUGUUCCUCUCUGGCCACCUGGAAACUGUUGCUUAAAUAUCCCAUGUCAGACUGGAGGCACUCUGGGGUGCUGGGCUGGAGGGAUCAGCACCCAAAUUUCCUCUGCCAUCCUAUAGACAGGAGGCCUGAAGCAUAAAUGGGAGAAUUUCAGUGCAGCAUCAAGUGGGAAACAACCCAAACCUUUCCCAUGGGAAACAUCAGGUGCAGGAUUUAGAGG